AUGCAUGAAACAAUCCCAAACACAGUCUCCUCAUGUCUAUCAAGAAAUUACGCUGUCCCAGUGACUUAUGCCAAUUUACCUGCGUAUUUUCAGAACUGCCAAACAACACGAGCAACUCUACCUCGAAAACGAGAAAACCUGACAGGAUUUGUAAAACAACCUGCUCUAUCAUUGAUAAUGGACAAUCAAAAGAACGACCCCGAAAUUAUGGCAGAGGAAACGACAUCCCCUCAACGAGGACAACGUAGACAACCUCUCAUAGCCCGCCGACAUAGACCGUCCUCACGACAAGAUGAACCACCAACAGGACUUCUUUCGACUAUCCGCCUUUCCGUAAGCCCAGACUCUUUUCCGCCUCAAGCAGAGGAUAAGCCCCACGCCUCUCGAGACGCCCCUCCCCAUCCUCCUCCAGCCAUGGCAACCGCCGCACUCCAACGAAGGACUGCAGUAUUUGACCAACAAAGCCACGCACUAUUCCAUGAUACGGAAUCAUCGCAAACCCUUCCGGCCGAUGACAGCAGUGAAGAUUCGCCAUCCUCUGUGGAGUCGAAGCAAGCCGAAGUCCAAGCCGAGCUUUACAAGAUGUCCGAGGUGCUGGACAGGAAUGAGGAGGCCUGGAGCGAGUUCGUCUCUGCGGCGGUGUCGUUCGGAAAGAUGUUGCGGGAUACCAAUGCGCGGCUUGAAGACUUUGGAAAGGGCAUUGGGAAGGCAAAGGCUAUUGGCGGAGUGAGCAACAGCAAGGGCUUGUUCGGGGGGUGUUCUGACGAUGGAGAAGGGGGAGAGGGAGAGAAAAGGGGCAAGAAGAAGCGAAAGAAGAAGGGCAAGAAGACUGGGCAAGGGAGGAAGGAAGAGUAG